UUUAUGAAAUGUUAAAAAUCAAAACCAAUAAAUUGUGUUAUGAAAAUGUUUUUAAAACUUGAAUUCGUUAGUAGUAUAUUAAUUGUAUAUUGUAUCAAAUUCCAAUACAGUGUUGUUCAAUCACCAUGGAUACAAUUACAAAAGUACCAGUCCAAGACAGGCACAGAGGUAGUUUGCAGUUCGUCUCAAUUUCAUAUUGGGACAUACAAUUUCUACGAAAAUGGAACACUAAUGGUGGAAAUAUGGAACAAUGGAAGCUUUUGUCGCCUCCAACCUGACAUGCUGCGUAGCAAUUUAAAGUGUGGCUGCAGGGAUGAAGUGAGCACAGCAUGCAAUAUUACUGAUGGACCUUCCAAGACAGGUUGCCAGAAAUGGAGGUGUGCGGCAACGAAAGAUAGCAUAUUAACAUUCAGUGAUUUUGUGGAAGUAUGUGAUCACGUAAGCACAAGUUCUACUACCGAAAGCAGCCCUACAACAAUUACAGAUGUAUAUCAAAUCUUUAACUGUUCUUCCACACACAAGGUUGAUUGGAUCAUCGACCAUAGCAAAUAUGACCUAUUUCAAAUAAAGAAAUAUUAUAGAGAUAACAUUUCGGUGUUGAUUGAAUCAUUUAAAAGCGAAGAAAAUGGUUCAAUAGUUUUAUGUAAAGUUGAAGAACCAGCGGAGAAAGAAUGGGCCAUCAGCAUUUUAUAUCCGCUUGGAUUGUGCGACUAUGAAACGUUCAUCCCUAUUAAAAAUAUGAUAUUCAACGAAACAUGUCAAUUAAGACAUGGUAAUCCCAACAUCAAAGUACAAGUAGGCACAGUUUCAAACUGUCCAUUAAUAACAGAAAUGUCCAUAUCAGAAAUUGAUAUAACCUUGUGUGAGGCUGUCAACCGAGAUGAUUUAGGUGCACGGAAAUAUGCUGGAAAUGCGUCCGGUCUUUUCAAAGUGGAAAUCCUUUACCCUGCCUCAAUAAUUAAAUACGACAUUACAAUAGAGGACAUACGUUCACACGAGAACCUGACGUCAGAUGGCACACGUUACAUACGAUUCAUUUGCAAUGGCAAUAGCAACCCACCUCCAGUUAUGACGUUGAUUAAAGAUGAGACAGUUCUAUGGAGCCAAAGCACCCAUCUUCAGCAUAAAAUACAUUUAUCUACAAACAAAGAGUCUGGCCUAUAUACAUGCAUAGCUUCGAAUGAACUUGGCAGUGAUAAUAAAUCAAUUUAUGUUAACCCUCAAUCCGUAGACGCCCGCGGAGAAAACAUAGCAACUAAAGACAACAUGUUUAUCUAUGUAGUCAUCGGGGUUGUGGCUCUAGCACUGGCGAGUCUUCUUAUUAACCUCGUUUUAAGAACGGUCAGCUGCUAUAGACCCUUGCGACCUACAGACAUUGGUAGCAUGGUAGUGGAUAUGGUUAACAUAGAAACAUCAGAGCAGUUAGUUCCUGAAACGCAGGCGACUGAGCAAGACCUAUCUAGAGCUGGAAGCGUUCAUUUUUACGAGAGCAUUCCGCCAUCACCUAUUGCUGACAUAUCAUUUAGUGAAAUUGCAGUAGAUAAUGAUAUAGAUAUAGGUUGGUAUACUUUUUAAUGCAUAAUUUGUAUUAUUCAUGCGAGUAUGUAAGCAAUAUUAACUGAGUUAAUGACACGUAUUUUUUUCAGAUUUAGCCGAUAACAGAGUGGUUCAAAUUGCCGACACAGGGCGUUAUGAAAUUCUGGAUCAAAGCAGGCGGGAAGAUAAAUCAACUUACACCAAUUUGCCGAUCAGAUCAUAACAAUCUUGAGGCGUUGACACUUUAACUCAUUAAGCAGAUCUGGCCGAAACAAAAUUGUUUGUUAAAUAACUUCAUGUUGUUUUAAAUGUAUUGUUACUAUGAUUAAAAUGCAUGUAAGUUCGAGGAUUGUCCUGAUAAAUACACGAUCUAAACAGAACAAGCAGUCUUCAUCAAUAUCAAGCUUAUGGUCCCAUGUACCUUAUAUGCAUUAUACUUUAUUCGAAUUUCAACGGAUUUCUAAGUACGAACUACAUUUUGAUGUUAUGAGCGCGUAUUUUGUGUGAAUAUUGGCAUACAAACACAGCAUUUGAGUCACAAUUAUUGGAAUCACAAUACAUUACCCCAUGUAUGCUUUGUCCUUUUUAGUGUACCUACAGUACAUUAUAUAGAAGUUGUUACCGGAUUUAAUGUUGGUCCAUGAUGUUUUGAAAUAUUGGUGUAUGGUAGUAUAUUGUAAUAAAGACGCUUAGUUUUUUUGGACAAAAUAAGAAAUAACAUUUUUGCUCUUUUUA